UCCCUCACAUACCGCACGAGAAACUGCUCUGUAGUUGAAAUUUGAAUUUGGCAGUCUUCGUGCCCGCGUAACGCGAUGUGGAAUUAUUAUUAAGUGUAUUGCAAUUUAUAUCGUUUUUUGUAGAGAAUAUUGUUCGACAAACGUUUAACAGUGUUGUGAAGUUUCGUUUUGUGUGGUGUGUUUCAUCGAUGAAGAGAACGCGGUUUAAUACAAAGGCAAAGUCGGGCAAUGAAGGAAUACCAGUAAAGGAUACCAGUAAAGAUGAAACAGGAAUGGAAUCGAAGGACAAUAAAUAUCAUUUAGAGGUACAAGCUAAGAAUUUACUUAACGAAAAAUUAAAUAAUUCGUUAGCAAUGUUACAAACUCAAAGUGAAGUUAUUGAUACUGCAAAGUCUUCUAGUACGUCAUCUUCAGAAGAUGUUAAGGCUUCUGACAAAAGUGGAGAAAGUAAACUUAAUUUAAAAAGCUUGAAAGACAGGAAUAAAAGAGUUAAUGAGGAAUUAAAACCAAAUACACGUCCUGCAAAAAAUAAACCUAGGGCUGUAGUAGAUCUUGAAAUGAUGAAGGAAGAAUUAAAACAGUUAGAAGAUCCACCUUUAAGUACAUGGGAAAAAGAGAUAUGUUCUAAUAGGCUGCCAUUCUCAUUUUUUGAUUCCCCUUGCGAGGACUUAGCUCAAAAUUUAUUAGGGAAAGUACUAGUUCGUUACCUUGAGAAUGGAACUAUUUUAAAGGGCAGAAUUGUUGAAACAGAAGGCUAUUUAGGUGUGGUUGACAAAGCAUCGCACACAUAUCAGAAUAAAAUUACUCCUCGUAAUAUACCAAUGUAUAUGCCACCAGGGACUAUCUAUGUAUAUAUGACCUAUGGCAUGUAUCAUUGUUUCAAUAUAUCUAGUCAAGAGUCAGGAGCAUAUGUGCAAAUCAAGGCAGUGGAACCAAUACUUGGUGUUGAUUAUAUGGAAUUGCUAAGAAAUAUGCGAUUAGAAGAAAACAAAAAAGAAAAAAAAAUCAUGGAAAAUGUUCAACGUAUUAAACAAUAUGAACUUUGUAACACUCCAUCCAAGAUUUGUACAGCUUUUGUUAUUGAUGAAGAUAGUUUCCAUACAAAAAAAAUUUACGACUGCAAUGAUUUAUGGGUAGAAUAUGAUCCUUACAUAAAAUCAACAACUAUUGUAGCAGCACAUCUUAAUAAUGAUUUGAAACAUAAUGAGCAAAAAGUGUGGAGAUAUUAUGUAUUAGGAAGUUCUAGUGUUACUCAGAGAAAUAUUGAAUCCGAAGAACAUGCUUAUGAUAUCUAACAAUUUGUAUCAUCCGUA